AGGCAAGUUAGGUAAGUUAGGCAAGUUAGGCAAAGUUAGGUCUUAUGUCUUCUUUCUUUCCCUAUAUAUAUGUUCAUCUUGUAAUGAGAAAUAAUCAUCUAAUAUAUCAAGGAAUUAACUCUAUUUUGGCAUGGUAUCAGAGCAAUUCUGAUCCAAAAAGAGUUUCUAUUCUGAUUCACUUACUUGCACUACUGCCAUCUACCCAAUAAGACCUGCUAUUCUGCAGGUCUUCUACUUUCAUACCAAUCCAAUCUUACUCUUUUUUCAUUUGGCCAUAUCUGCCAACAUUAUUACCCAUAUCCAGCUUGUUAACCAUACAUAUUCCGCUGCAUCUUUUCCCAUAUUCUUCCCAUUUGCAGUAUCUCUACAAAACCCAGAAAUCUUUCCACAAAAAAAAAAAUAUAUAUAUACUACCCAAUACCCCAUAAGCCAUACCCGUUGGAAUCACCCAACAAAUUUACCCAUAACCUCUGAGGCAGUAAUAAUGGGUGACUCCAAGACCACUGUUUCAGCUACUGUUACUCAAAGUGACAUGUCUCUACAUAUCACCCCAGACAAGUUGGAUGGGUCCAACUAUUCCUCAUGGUCCCAAAGUGUCCGCAUCUACAUCACUGGCAGAGGUAAAUGGUCUUAUGUCAGUGGAACAAAAAUGGCACAAGCAGAAGUUGAUGCAUUGUAUGCUAUAUGGGAGGAAGAGAAUGCCAUGGUUCAAUCUUGGUUACUCAACUCCAUGACCAGAGAUGUACGGGCCAUUUUUCUCCGACUCUCUACUGCAAAAGAUGUUUGGGAUGCUGUUACCCAAACUUACUCAAUUGAAAAAGAUGCAUCAAAGUUAUACGAACUUCGCCGUCAAGCACUGGCGACUCGCCAAAAUGGAGAACCUUUAUCUGCAUAUUAUGGUAAACUUCAGCAAACAUGGCAAGAAAUUGAUUUCUUGCGUCUUGGAAAAUUGAAGUGCGCUGAUGAUAUUGCUACCCGAGAGACAAAAAUUUCGGAAGAAAGAUUGUAUGAUUUUCUGGCUGGUCUUGAUCCUCAUUUAGAUUAUGUUCGCAGUCAAGUUUUGACUCAAACAACUCUGCCUUCUGUUCGUGCUGCUUAUGCUCUUGUGAAUGUUGAAGCAAGUAGGCAAACCAUUAUGUUGGUUGGCCCACAAGUGGAAGGAUCCGCCAUGGUAGCUGCUCCGUCUCGAUUUCCCCGUGGAGUCUCCAAUUCUCGAUUAGGUGGAUCCAAAACUACUGAUACAAGGAAGUGUACUUAUUGUGACAAGGAUAAGCAUACUAGAGACAUUUGCUUCAAGCUGCAUGGAUAUCCUGAUUGGUGGGUUCAAAAGAAGGAAAAUCAAAAGAAAGGCAUUGGUGGAUCACAAGCACACCUGACACUAACACCUUCCAUACCUCGGGUGGAUCAAUCUGCUCACUUAGUUUCUCCUACUACUGCUUCUACUUCCUUAGUCGAUGCAGGUAACUUUGGUUUUGCCUUGAACACUACAAUUGUUCCUCCCAAUAAACCUUGGAUCAUUGAUUCAAGGGCUUCUGACCACAUGACCAAUAACUCUACAUGGUUUGUUUCUCACACUACUCCACCUUUAAAUACCGUUAAAGUUGCUAAUGGUAUUUCUACUCCAGUGCUUGGAGCAGGCUCCAUCUCAUUAACACCAGGCUUAUCUCUCUCAUCUGUUUUACAUGUUCCUAAUCUUUCUCACAAUUUGCUUUCCAUUGGUAAACUUACAAAUCAACUAAACUGUCUUGCCAUCUUUUCUCCUACCCAUUGUUGGUUUCAGGAUAUUCGAACGAAAGCAUUGAUUGGUCAUGGUAGAGAGAGGGGAGGUCUAUACUACUUGGACUUACCACCAGAUUGUGAGAAGACAAGUUACAGUUGUCAAGUGGAGGCCAAACAAUUUGAAGCUUCUGAAAAAAUUUGGUUAUGGCACAAAAGAUUAUGACACCCUUCCUUUCAGUACCUGCAAUAUCUAUUCCCUUCUUUAUUUUCUAAAGUCAAGGUUUCUGAUUUCCAUUGUGAAACUUGCAUUCUUUCUAAAAAUCAUCGUGUCUCAUUUCCUUUAAGUUCCCAUAAAAGUAAUGUUCCUUUCUCUCUUAUUCAUUCUGAUGUUUGGGGACCAUUUCAUAUUCCUA